AUGGGAAAAACGCAGAGAUGGGAAAAACGCAGAGAUGGGAAAAACGCAGAGAUGGGAAAACCGCAGAGAUGGGAAAAACGCAGAGAUGGGAAAAACGCAGAAAUGGGAAAAACGCAGAGAUGGGAAAAACGCAGAGAUGGGAAAAACGCAGAGAUGGGAAAAACGCAAAGACGGGAAAAUGCAGAGAUGGGAAAACCGCAGAGAUUGGAAAAACGCAAAGAUGGGAAAAACGCAAAGAUGGGAAAACGCAAAGAUGGGAAAAACGCAAAGAUGGGAAAAACGCAAAGAUGGGAAAAACGCAAAGAUGGGAAUAACGCAAAGAUGGGAAAAACGCAAAGAUGGGAAAAACGCAAAGAUGGGAAAAACGCAGAGAUGGGAAAAACGCAGAGAUGGGAAAAACGCAGAGAUGGGAAAAGCGCAAAGAUGGGAAAAGAUGGGAAAAACGUAAAGAUGAGAUGGGAAAAUCGCAGAGAUGGGAAAAACGCAGAGAUGGGAAAAACGCAGAGAUGGGAAAAACGCAGAGAUGGGAAAAACGCAGAGAUGGGAAAACCGCAGAGAUGGGAAAAACGCAGAGAUGGGAAAAACGCAGAGAUGGGAAAAACGCAGAGAUGGGAAAAACGCAGAGAUGGGAAAAACGCAGAGAUGGGAAAAACGCAAAGACGCGAAAAUGCAGAGAUGGGGAAACCGCAGAGAUGGGAAAAACGCAAAGAUGGGAAAAACGCAAAGAUGGGAAAAACGCAAAGAUGGGAAAAACGCAAAGGUGGGAAAAACGCAAAGAUGGGAAAAACGCAAAGAUGGGAAAAAAGCAAAGAUGGGAAAAACGCAGAGAUGGGAAAAACGCAGAGAUGGGAAAAACGCAGAGAUGGGAAAAACGCAGAGAUGGGAAAAACGCAAAUAUAG